AAAGAAAGAAAAAACGCAGCGGAACCCAAAGAGAACAGAGAGACAGAGAGAGGAAGAAGCGAGCCUGAGCAGCGGCAAUGGCGAGCUUGAUGACGAAGAAGGAGAUCGGGCAGACCCACGACGUGCUCCGGUUCGGCGUCAACGACAGCGUCAGGGGCGACCUCGCGCCGCCGCACCCCGUCCAGGCCACCAUCCAUAAGGAGACCAAGUUCUGGGACGAGAAGAGGAGGUUCGGGACCGAGGCCAUCUACGGGUCCGCCUUCAACAUCCGCAAGGAUCUGGACGCCCAAAUCCUCUCCAGGCACACUGCAAUUCGUACCGAUUGGGAUUGUCGUAGGUUCCAAAGGCCCCCGGGUGCAUUGCCAUCAUCUAUGCUAGGAUAUGAAGCAAUGACAGGUUCCUUGGAUGAUUUCGGAUUUGAAGAUUACCUUAACUUGCCCCAAGACUCUGACAGCCUGCGCAUACCAGACAUGCACCAUGGGAUGGAGGUUCGGCUUGGCCUGUCGAAGGGGCCUGUCUGCCCCAGUUUCAACUGAUUCCUUCCACCCAUGUAUGUUUGUCUUGUGCUUCCCAUCCAGCAUCUAGACUGUGUCAUGGAUUGGUGAAACAUGAGAACCAAAUAAAUGGGGUAUUACAGCAUCAGUUUGAAUAUCAUGAAA